UCGACGCAUCACUUCUUCGGAAGCGACCAGAAAGGCACGCCUCAAAAGCUUCCCUUCCUCUACCUCCUCGAAGCGCUCGCCGCCAUGGCCUCCGUCACCGCCGCCGGCAAAGCCCUCCUCCACCUCUCCGCUACCACGCCGGACCACCACCCUCUCACCUCUUUCUCCUCCCCCGCCGUCUCCUUCCGCUCUUCCCGCUCCCGAUCCCCCUUCCUCGGCCUCGGCCUCCGCCUCCGCCUCGCCACCAGCUCCGAGAUCCCGGCGCUCCACGCGCGGAGCGCGGCCAGGGGGCUCCGGAUCGAGGCGGCGGCACGGCCCACCAUUCUGGUGGCCGAGAAGCUCGGGGAGGCCGGGCUGGCGCUCCUCCGGGAGUUCGCCAACGUGGACUGCUCGUAUAACCUCUCCCCCGAGGAUCUCUGCUCCAAGAUCUCUCUCUGUGACGCGCUGAUCGUGCGGAGCGGGACGAAAGUGACGCGGGAGGUGUUCGACGCCUCCAAGGGUCGUCUCAAGGUGGUGGGCAGAGCCGGGGUGGGGAUCGACAAUGUGGAUCUCCACGCCGCCACCGAGAGCGGGUGCCUCGUCGUCAACGCGCCCACCGCGAACACUGUCGCCGCGGCCGAGCACGGUAUCGCGCUGCUCGCCUCCAUGGCGAGGAACAUCGCGCAGGCUGACGCCUCCAUGAAGGCCGGUAAAUGGCAGCGCAACAAAUAUGUUGGUGUCUCUCUGGUAGGAAAGACUCUAGCGGUGAUGGGAUUUGGAAAGGUUGGUUCAGAAGUUGCCAGACGUGCAAAAGGACUAGGGAUGCAUGUGAUUGCCCAUGAUCCAUAUGCACCUGCUGAUAGAGCCCGUGCCAUUGGAGUAGAGCUUGUAUCAUUUGAUGAAGCCAUAUCCACUGCAGACUUCAUAUCACUCCACAUGCCAAUGACAACUACUACUGCAAAGCUUUUCAAUGAUGAAGCAUUUGCAAAGGUUAAAAAAGGAGUGAGAAUCAUUAAUGUUGCUAGGGGUGGAGUUGUUGAUGAAGAUGCCUUAGUGAGAGCACUUGACAAUGGGACAGUUGCUCAGGCAGCACUUGAUGUUUUCACCGUAGAGCCACCACCAAAAGACAGCAAGUUGGUGAUGCAUGAGAAUGUUACUGUCACUCCUCACCUUGGUGCUAGCACUGUCGAGGCUCAGGAAGGUGUAGCAGUAGAAAUAGCAGAGGCAGUUAUUGGUGCAUUGAAAGGUGAACUCGCUGCAACUGCCGUGAAUGCUCCCAUGGUUCCUGCUGAGGUUCUUUCUGAGUUGGCCCCUUAUGUUAUUCUGGCUGAGAAGCUGGGCAGGCUUGCUGUCCAACUAGUAGCUGGUGGAAGCGGAAUUAAGGGAGUUAAGGUUGUGUACACAUCAGCUCGAGACCCUGAUGACUUGGACACAAGGAUUCUUCGUGCUAUGAUCACAAAAGGAAUCAUCGAACCCAUAUCCAAUGUGUUUGUCAACAUUGUUAAUGCUGACUAUACUGCCAAGCAGAGAGGUCUCCGGAUCAGUGAGGAGAGAAUUUACCUUGACAGCUCACCUGAGGUCCCUCUGGACUCGAUCCAGGUCCACCUGACUCAUGUGGAGUCUAAAUUUGCCAGUGCUUUAUCUGAUACUGGUGAUAUUACAGUGGAAGGAAGGGUGAAGGAUGGCUAUCCUCAUCUCACCCUUGUAGGGUCUUUCAGUGUGGAUGUAAGCCUUGAACGGUAUGUAAUAUUGUGCAGGAAUGUUGACAAGCCUGGUAAUAUCGGACGAGUAGGACGAAUUCUUGGGGAGCAGAACGUGAAUAUCAGCUUUAUGAGCGUGGGUAGGAUUGCACCAAGGAAACAGGCCAUAAUGGCAAUUGGUGUUGAUGAGGAGCCGGAUAAGGAAACUCUCAAGAAGAUUGGUGAAUCACCAGCUAUCGAAGAGUUUGUGUUCCUCAAGUUAUAGAGGGGAAGACAUUCCACCAUCACAAUUUUAAGGUCUCAGGAAAUUUUAAUUGAGCAACAGGCAGUGGGAACUCUGAGGGUCUCCAGCUCCCUAACAAUAAGCAAUGGAGUGGAAGAUUUUUAGUUGCUCUUCUUAGGUUGGCAUCAUUCCUACAUUAGUAUAUUUUGUGUUGCAUGAUGGAUGCUGCUUUUUAAGUGGCUCUAUCUUGAUACUGUUUGUUGUGCUCUGAGUUCUUCAUGCAUUAGAUGUUGUGUUACAUUGGUUACCAUACCAUACCAUUCAAAUUA